AUGAACGACGAGAGUGUGAGCGAGACGAGUAUAAGGGGAGAGAAAUGGCGAAGGCAAGGAGAUAAACGGAUGGACACGACGAAUAGAGCGUGUGUUAUUUUUGAGGGAAACAUCGCUAAUUCCGACGCCGGCUUUGCGGGGGUGGACGCCAGAAGGGUGGGGGCGAGGCGUGGGGGCGGGGGGUGGUCCGAUCCAUCAGGGCCGCUGUCACAUGCCAUUAGCGAGGCCUACACGGCAGAGGCGAGCGAAAGUACUGGAACAUAUAUUUAUAAAAUGAGCUGGAGGAACAAGAUGCCAUAU